AUGAAGAAUCAUAUUGGUGAGUCAUCUACAACAUCGAAAAUAUUUCGUUUUAGUUCAGGUCAAUUUUUGACAUUGAAUGAAUGCCAAAUAGAGAAAAUUCCCUAUUUAACUGCAUUGGUGUCUGCUGAAACUAAUUUUGAUUCAGUCAAAGCCGAUGAUGGAUACUAUUUACUCGAUUCUCACAUUAACUACAAGAAUUUUCUGUAUGUUCUUGAUUCAAUUUCAUUUCAAUCUGUACGACAACUAUUUACUAGUCUACCUAAAAAUUAUAAUAUUUUGGCUAUUAUUGCUCUUUUGGAUUUUCUUGCCAUCGAAUCUGAAAGAGAUCCAACUCUUGAAGAAGUUAAUUCGAGUUUCUUUUGGACUGCUGAAUUUGGUAAUAAAUUAGGUACAUAUCAAUUUGUUUACAGACCAUGUGAUAUUCAAGAUAUGUCUGUUCGAUUUGCCAUUGCUCUAACAAAAGACAAAUAUGAUUUUAAAAAUCGUAAAGUGAUUGAUCAAAUAUAUUGGUUCAUUAUGUUUAUACUUAGUGCUCACGAACUAUUUGAAACACAUCUUCGUUAUCACGUAUACAUAAUUGCUCAGAAUUGUUUUGCUACACUUUGUCCAUCAUUAUUGAAAUAUCUACAUCGACUUGAACAGAGAACAGAAAAAGAAAUACGAGAAACAUCGAUCACAAUAAAUAACCAUAAAAGUCCUUCUAGCAAAAAUAGUUUACUUUGGAAUUUGAAUGUAUUUAACAAUGAAUGUACAUUUCAUUUUUGGGAUUUCGAUUAUUUAUGUAUCAAACGUCGUUUGUGUUUGACCUUCAGGAAUUGCUUUUGCAACGGACUUGUGCUAUUCACCAAAUCGAAAAAAGAUUCUUCAUUUUUCUGUGAUUGCCGUAAAAAGUCGUACAAUAUGGAUAACAAUCUCGAACCUUCUCGUCAAAAAAUAUUACAAAAUAUGUAUAAACAUUUAUUAAGUUCAGUAUUGGAACAAGUGUCAGUAGAAGCACAUGGCCGUAAAUUCAAUGAUUAUGAUGAACUAAUAUAUAAACCGAUUCUAGACAAUAUAUUGAAUAGUGAUGUCGUGCAAGUUACAAUACACAACAGCAUAGUAUCAGAAAUAUGGGAAUUGAAGUCGAAACUUGAACGACAAUAUGCUGAGUUAAUGAAAGAAAUACAAAUUUAUGAACGAAAUCAUCUUAUACCCAACGAAGACAAAAUAAAAAUUCAUUCACUGCUCUCGUCUUGGGACAUGAUUGAGUCACUAUUGGAGAAGAAGCAAAAUGAAGCAUUAGCAUGUGAAAAGACUUUGAACAAGUUGCAUCAAUACAAAUCUGUAAUUGAUGAAAUAGAAAGUACAAUACUGGUCGAUUUACAUGAUUUGUUUAUAGAUGAAAUCCAAAUAUUCAUUAAUAGACAAGAAGAACUAUGGACACUAAUUAAUAAUCUAUCAUGUAAUCAAGAAGAAAAAAUAAAAACAUUAAAAUCAACAAAAACACAUAAAAUAAAUUCGACUAGAAAAUAUCGACGACUACCAAAAAUUCAAUGCAAAUAUAAAACACAUUAA